UCACUCCAGCCUGUUCCCUGUCCCACGUGUCCAUCUCCACCAAAGGCAGAACGCAUCUUAAACUCAGCGUCACAGCCUGCUGAAAGCACCACCACCAGCAUGCCCACCAACCAGUCAGUCUCCUGGACCAGUGGCAAGCUGAGAGACAAUAACGAAGGGUUUAUGAGGCCCACUAUGGGUAAAGUGCCUUCCCGUCCCAGACAAGAGACUACCCAGACAAGAGACUCAGCAAUACCUUUGUCCCCCCUGACCCAGUCAGAUUCCUAUUGCCGUGGGGGGGACAAUGUGGACGGUAAAACACAGGCUAUGUUCACACACACACCCCACCCCCCCAACACUGUUCCUUUUCAGGAUAGGUCAGCCCACCACCUUGCUGUGGCACAGAAUCAGAUCUGGAAGCUUCAGGACCCAUGUCAGUUUGAAAGCCUGGUGGCAGCAGAAAUGGAGGGGGCGGACCACCCCCAGAGGCUGAGGUGUUGUCCUGUUGACCACGGAACUCCUGGAACUCCUCCUAACACACCGGCAGAGAGAAUCAGGAAGUUCAACUCUGAGUUAGAGUUCACUGAGACUGUGAGGAAGCUGACACAGUCACGAGACGCGCUCGCCCCUCAUCCCAGGAACGAGACUGUUAACGGAGUUACUACUGAACCCUCAGGGUCCAACAUGGAUCCAGUCAAGAUGGACAAAAUUGUGACUACUAGCUCUGUCUCAGUCAUCCACAGCCUUGCUCCAGCCAAACCCUCUGUACCACUCUGCCUUACUAAGAGAGACCAGGAGACGGAGCCCUCUGUCUCUCCUGUGUCCAUGGAAACCUCCGGUGCCUCCAGCCUCGACAGCAACACCACAACAACAAACAGUAGGAGCACAGCAGCCUCCAUGGCACCUCUACCCCACGCAGGGAUAACUCUAACCCAGUCCCCUACCCAGGCCAGUGCCACAGCUAGUUCUGGUGCAGGGAUAACUCUAACCCAGUCCCCUACCCAGGCCAGUGCCACAGCUAGUUCUGGUGCAGGGAUAACUCUAACCCAGUCCCCUACCCAGGCCAGUGCCACAGCUAGUUCUGGUGCAGGGAUAACUCUAACCCAGUCCCCUACCCAGGCCAGUGCCACAGCUAGUUCUGGUGCAGGGAUGACUCUAACCCAGUCCCCUACCCAGGCCAGUGCCACAGCUAGUUCUGGUGCAGGGAUGACUCCAACCCAGUCCCCUACCCAGGCCAGUGCCACAGUUAGUUCUGGUGCAGGGAUAACUCUAACCCAGUCCCCUACCCAGGCCAGUGCCACAGCUAGUUCUGGUGCAGGGAUGACUCUAACCCAGUCCCCUACCCAGGCCAGUGCCACAGUUAGUUCUGGUGCAGGGAUAACUCUAACCCAGUCCCCUACCCAGGCCAGUGCCACAGCUAGUUCUGGUGCAGGGAUAACUCCAACCCAGUCCCCAACCCAGGCCAGUGCCACAGUUAGUUCUGGUGCAGGGAUGACUCUAACCCAGUCCCCUACCCAGGCCAGUGCCACAGUUAGUUCUGGUGCAGGGAUAACUCCAACCCAGUCCCCUACCCAGGCCAGUGCCACAGUUAGUUCUGGUGCAGGGAUAACUCUAACCCAGUCCCCUACCCAGGCCAGUGCCACAGCUAGUUCUGGUGCAGGGAUAACUCCAACCCAGUCCCCUACCCAGGCCAGUGCCACAGUUAGUUCUGGUGCAGGGAUGACUCUAACCCAGUCCCCUAACCAGGCCAGUGCCACAGUUAGUUCUGGUGCAGGGAUGACUCUAACCCAGUCCCCUACCCAGGCCAGUGCCACAGUUAGUUCUGGUGCUAGUUCCAUCCCAGAGAACACUGAGGUGGGUUCUGAGUCGUGUUCAGGGUCUACUCAGAGUUGGAGGCCUUCUGUCACCUCGGUAACGACCCAGAUAUCUGCCUUACACCUGACCAAGGAGAGGAGUGUCCUGUCUCUACAGGGGGGGCACAGCAACAGCAACAGCCCCUCCCAAUCCCUACCUGCCCUGGAAGAGGAACAGCAGGCUACUGAGUCACCUCAGCUCCCCAGUCCAGAGAGUGUUGCCAUGCAGGAGGAUGGAGACGCAAGGGAUGAAGAGUUUCCUGAUGAUGAGCUGGAUGACUGCAGUGGUGGUGGUGAUGGUGAUGAUGAUGACGGCUCUGACUGCUCCUCUAUAAACGAUGCCUCAUCCACAGCCUCCAUGCCCAUCCAUGUAGCAGAUGAGGAGCAGAUGAGCCCUGAAUUAGAGGAAGAGGUGAAGCCAGCUUUGAUUCCCAGCAUGUUCCCCCUCAUCCCCCCCACGCUGUACUUCAGCACUGCCAACCAGAGAGUGGAGUCCCUGCCACCAGAACAGAGGAAGCUUCUCAAAUGGAAGAUGUGCACUGUGACUCCCACUGUGGUCAAACACACCAUCGCCAGGUCACACUUUAAAGUCACUCAGAAUAGUCAUGAUUGGCUUGGCUGCUGGGGUCAUCAUAUGAAAUCGCCUGGAUUCAAGGCCAUCAGGGAAUACCAGAAGUUGAACCACUUCCCCGGCUCGUUCCAGAUCGGCCGUAAGGACCGUCUGUGGAGGAACCUGUCUAAGAUGCAGGCUCAGUUUGGUAAGAGGGAGUUCAGUUUCUUCCCUCGCUCCUUCGUUCUUCCUCAGGACGUCAAGCUGCUGAAGAAGGCCUGGGAUGACAGUGGUUGCAGGCAGAAAUGGAUCAUCAAACCGCCUGCGUCUGCUCGGGGUAUUGGGAUCCAGGUUAUUCACAAGUGGAGUCAGAUGCCACGCAAGAGACCGCUCCUAGUGCAGAAGUAUCUCCACAAACCCUACCUCAUCAGUGGGAAUAAGUUUGACCUCCGUAUCUAUGUGUACGUGACGUCUUACGACCCGCUCCGUGUUUACAUCUUCCAAGACGGACUCGUCCGCUUCGCCAGCGUCAAGUAUUCCUCUUCUGUGAAAAGCCUUAGCAACAAGUUCAUGCACCUGACCAACUACAGCGUGAACAAGAAGAACUCUGACUAUCAGAACAAUGACAGUGACAAGACCUGCCAGGGACACAAGUGGGCUCUGAAGGCACUGUGGCACUACCUAGGCUCGAAGGGAGUUGACACUACGCUGAUCUGGGAGGAGAUUAAGGACAUUGUCAUCAAGACCAUCAUUGCGUCUGACCCGUACGUCAACACGCUAGUCAAGAUGCACCUGCGCUCCUCCUACAGCUGUCAUGAGCUGUUUGGCUUUGACGUCAUGCUGGAUGAGAACCUCAAGCCUUGGGUUCUGGAGGUCAAUAUAUCGCCAAGCCUCCACUCCAGCACCUCUCUGGACGUGACCAUAAAGGGCCAGAUGAUCAGAGAUGUGUUAAACCUGGCGGGUUUUCUUCUGCCUCAGAGAGAAGAGGUGCACCCGUCCUUCAGUUCCUCCGGCAGCUCCUCCAGCAGUUUGAGUGGAGGAACCCGGGAGAGAACCAGAUCGGAUAUUUCUCCUGAUGAGAAAGUCAAACGGGCCCUCUACCUGAGCCAGCGCUUUGCAGACCAGGUAUAUUCAUGCAGCCAUCAGAUGCAGCUAACGGACUUCUUCUCCUCCAUCCUGGACGUUAUGACUCCAGAGGACGUGCGUGUCCUGGCUGAGACGGAGGACGAGCUGAGCAGGAAGGGAGAGUUUGAACGAGUGUUCCCGUCCCACUGCUCCUCACGAUACCUGCGCUUCUUCAAACAACCACGCUACCUCAACAUCCUGCUCAACCAGUGGGAGACAAAGUACGGACAGAACAGGAGAGAAGGAAUCAAUGUGCUGAGGGCUCUCUGCCAGAAAGGAGUCCAUCUCGGUACGAAGGACUCUGCACAUAUAUUUGAUUACCCCACCAGGCAGGAGCCAAUCAGAUCGAGUGUGGUGGCAAGCUGCAGAAGCAGGUGGACCAGGAUGUCCUCUCCUCCCUCCCAGACACCAGCCUCCUGCCCCCCCCCCCCUGUCCCACCACAGCCCCUCUCCAUCCCUGAGGGGUUAGAGAGUUAGA